CAAGGCCCGUACGUUUUUUGGGCGCAGUUUUCCCUCUUUCCAUGCGCCGGGCCAUGGCGGCAGCCGCGGCUUCCGCGGCUUCCGCGGCCGCCGCGUGGGAGCCAGCGCUGCGAGGGGCGCUGGCUUGCCGGGAGGUGCGGGAGCUCCUGGGCGCAGGCUUCGCCGACGGCCUCCUGGCCCACGACGAAACCGACGCCGACGCAACCGACGCGGCGGACGGCGAAGUCAGCGAAGGCCUGGUGUUGUCGCGGCCCCUGGUGCGGCCCCUGGCGCGGAGCCUGCAGCUGUGUCAGCUGCAGGGCCACUUCCAGCGCCCGGCGGAGCCGGACAACGAGGAGCUGGCGGCGUUGCUGGUGGAAGACGAGGAGGAGAUCGCCACUUGGGAGGCGAGGCUCCGGAGCCUAGGCGCUGUGGAAGCCGAAGCGGCGCUGCUGCUGCUGGGCUGCCGCGGCAUCCGCCACGCGCUGCAGCAGAGGCGUACGGUGGGGAGCUGUGACGCUCUGCUGCCGCCGUCUAGGCAAGAGCUGGUUCGGUCCUUCAACGAGCUUUGUACAGAUGAAGGCAGCUCCGAAGGUUCGCCCAAAGCGCGGCGCGAGUUGGCGGCGGUGGAGGCGGAGUUGGAGGCGCUGAGGAGCCGCCUGAAGAGCGGCGAGCGGGUGGAGGAGGAGAUGCGGCAACUCACGCGGGAGAAGCGCGAGCUGCAGCUGCCGGGCUCCAAGCUGACGGUGGGCGCCCGGGCGCUGGCGAAGCACGCCCACCGCGGCGCGGAAGACUUCUGGCGUUCCGGCUCUGAGGCUUCGGUGUUGAACGACGAGGCGCGGAACUCACAGGCGGCGAAGGCCUUGGAGCGCCUGCUGCGGGAGGCGGUGUGGUGCAACCUGCACGCGCUGCCCGGAGGCUUGCCGACCUUUGAGGUGCGCGUGGCGGCGGGCUACGGCGCGCGCUGGGUGCUGGACGGCCAGGCCUCCUUCCGAGGCUUAGUGGAGCCCAUGAUGAAGGACGGCCACGAGCGGCGCUGGCGCCAUUGAGAGAUG